AUGGCCCGGCUCCCCUGCCCGCAGCCCGGAGCCUACUGCCGCGCCGCCACGGCCGCGAACCUCCUGUUGGGCCUCUUCCAGCUCCUGUGGCCCUGCUGCCGCCCGGGAGGGGCUCAGGCACAAGUCGUUGAGCCCCUGCCCAAUGUGGUCGAGCUGUGGCAGGCAGAAGAAGGGGAACUCCUGCUGCCCACUCAGGCUGAUUCUGAGGAGGACUUGGAGGAGCAUUCCCAAGAACAAAGCUUCUCAGAUAAGCUAUCCAGUGGGAAGGGCUUACACUUUCAGCCUUCAGUGCUAGAUUUUGGAGUGCAGUUAUUGGGACUUCCCACAGCCAAAAUACUAUAUGCUCAUAACCCUAGUAGGGAUAAAGAAGUUGUAGUGAAUUCAGUGUUUACAGCUUCUAGACAUUUUCAUGUGUCUCCUGUUCAUUGCAGGGUGAUUCCAGCAAUGGGACAAACCUCCUUCAGAAUUAUUUUUUUACCAACUGAACAAGGGAGCAUUGAAAGUUCUUUAUUUAUAAAUACAUCCUCUUAUGGAGUUAUUUCCUACCAGGUCUUUGGAACUGGAGCUCCACGAUUCUCCACUGAAGGUUCCACAAAACAGUUACCGAAUGCUCAUUUGCUGCUUCCCCAUGUCCAGAGUGUCCAGAUUUCACAAACACAGGCAGAAACCACUAAUACUAGUCUCUUACAAGUUCAUCUAGAAUGCAGUUUACAUAAUAAAGUUUGUCAGCAACUCAAGAGUUGUUAUCUAGAGUCAGAUGACACCUUGCUGCUACAGAUGAGCAUAAUUCUAACCACGGAAACCUCCCCUGAAGAAUAUGAGGAGAGCAGACAAGAUUUACUAGAUAAUCUCUCCAUUGUUUAUGUAGCUAUAGACAAAACUGAGACCUCAGAUGACUCUGCAGUAAAUAUGUAUGUAUUACAUUCAGGAAACAGCCUUCUGUGGAUACAGGAUGUACAUCAUUUCUCACAAAGAGAUUCUUUAUCUCUGCAAUUUCAACCAGUCCUGCUACCCUCUUCUGCAACCAAUUUUACCAAAAUUGCUUCUUUUAUUUGUAAAGCUCCAUCAUGUCUCAGUGAAACUGAUUAUCGUGGGGAAGGAAGAAAUCUGAAAGGCACGGCCACAUUGCAAGCAUGUCUCUCUCGCCCUGUGGUGCAAGGGUAUUUUGCGAUUGACCCUUCUGCAGUCCAGUUUCACCUUGAGCCACACUGGAAUGCAUCCGGAAUUUGGUCAAUCUGGUACACUAGUCAUUUUAGUCCUGUUGUUGUUAUAAAUAAUGUGCUUGUUCCCAAGGAUACCAGGCAUAUUUUAAAGAUUCAGAAUUUCACUGGCCCCUUAUUUCUACCUCCAGGAUGUUGGAAUAUAUUUUCUUUGAGACUUGGUGUUAAAGACACUGCAGUAAAUAUGUUCACCCAUGUGUCUUUGACCACAAACAUAGGCGCUACGUUUGUAAUACCUCUCCAGAUUUAUUCACCUCCAGCCAAGGCAGGGAGUCUGGUCUCUGAAGCAGUAGCCCAUUGUGGAAUGCACUAUUACAUGGAAAAGUUAAAUAAAGCAAGUCCUUAUUGGCAGGAAGGCUUUUCUUUGAACCAUUCUACUCCAAAGGUGGAUUCUGAGCUUGCAAACAAAUUGUAUCAGAGCUGGCAGAAGAUAAAAAGUGGUCAACUCUGCAGGAGGAGUGUUUUGGGAAUGACUCCAUUUGUUUAUCCAAAGAAGUCUCGAGAAUCAGGGUCAUUUGCUUCCUCUUUGCCACGUUUAAUCACAGAGCCUGGGCUUACGUUGAACUUCAGUGCGUCUGCCCUCAGGACCAGUAUGGUGAAAUAUUUUGUGCUGAGGAAUCCCUCAUCUUUCCCAGUUACCCUGCAGCUGCUCCCUCUGUCUUCAUAUCCUGAACCUGAAUGGGCAUUGAACCUGCUCCAUAAAUGGUUUGACAUCGAUAUCCAAACGAUUAAUUUCACAACUGGUGAAUUCCAGCUUACUGAAAUGUGCCCCCAUCUGGGUACAAGGGGCCAUGAAGACCUUCGUGUGACAGCCCAGUCUGAAGAGCUGCACCUGCAUCUACAGCCCCUGGAAAGGAGAAGGGUUGGGGUUGUUUUUACACCCGUCGACUACAGAAAAGUAACCUCAAUUAUACUCAUAAGAAAUAACUUGACCAUUUUUGACAUGAUCACCGUGGAAGGAUUUGGAGCAAGAGAGUUACUGAAAGUUGGUGGAAGGCUUCCUGGUACCGGAGGAUCCCUUAGGUUUAAGGUGCCUGAAUCCACUCUCAUGGACUGCCGACGGCAAUUGAAGGACAGCAAGCAAAUCUUAUCUAUUACCAAAAACUUCAAGGUUGAGAAUGUCGGUCUUCUUACCACAACGGUUUCCUCAAUGAAGAUCAAUGGGUAUAAUUGCCAAGGCUAUGGAUUUGAAGUGCUUGGCUGCCGAGAGUUUUCUCUGGAUCCAAACUCAUCCCGGGAGAUCAGCAUUGUGUUCACUCCUGACUUCACUUCUUCAUGGGUUAUUCGGGAGCUGACUCUUGUUACCGCCGCAGACCUAGAAUUCCAUUUUACGCUCAAUGUCACCCUUCCUCAUCACUUGUUACCCUUGUGUGCUGAUGUCGUGCCGGGGCCCAGUUGGGAAGAGUCUUUCUGGAAACUCACAGUUCUCUUUGUCAGCUUGUCCCUGUUGGGUGUGAUCUUAAUAGCCUUCCACCAGGCACAGUACAUCCUAAUGGAGUUCAUGAAGUCCAGACAGAGACACAAUCCUAUUUCGUCUUCACAACAGAAUAGCAGUCCAGUUGAUGUAAUCAGCCCUGAAUCGUACAAAAGCAGUUGCAAGACGUUCCUGGAUUCCUACAACCCUUCUGAUAAAGGCAGAGGGAAGGGCUUCCUUUCAGUCAGUGCUCCCCCAAACAGGAUCCAAAAUGCCACCAAGAGAAGUCCCGCCACAUAUACCCACCCUCAGAAGAAGCAUAAGUGUUCUGUGUACUAUAGCAAACAGAAAGCCAGCCCGGUGGGGGCCUCUAGUGCCAGUGCGAAUCCUGACGACAAGCAGAGCCUGAUUCCUGGAAGCUUGGCGUCUGCCCCAAAGGAGGACUCCUGUGCUGAAGCUGUCAGUGAGAGCUGGAUUAAUCUAAAAUAUGCCAAUGGCCUAAAUGUGAACCUGCAAAAGAAUUUAACCCUCCCAGGAAACUUUCUGAAUAAAGAGGAAAAUGCCCUGAAAAAUAACCUAAUUGUGAAAAACCCUUCUUCAGAAUGUGAUAUGAAGGAGGAAGUACAAAGAUGUAUGUUUCCUAAGGAAACUGAACUUAAAACUUCAGAGACUGUAUCUGAGCUCAAGGAAAGGGAGCUCUGUCCUCUGAAGACCUCAAAGAAGCUACCUGAAAAUCACUUCCCUAAAAGCUCACCUCACCACCAGUCAGACUUGCAAGAAAUUUCCAGGAAAAAUCAUGGGAAUAACCAGCAAAUGGCUAUUAAGAAUGAAGUAGAAAGUUAUGAAACUUUGAAAAAACAGGUUGAUGCCAAACCUUCCUCAGAAAAGAAGAUUCACAAAAUACCUAAAGAAGAUACAUGUUGUGGGAAACAGGACGUCCCAUCUUCAGUCGAGCAGCAAGAAGAUAGGAAGAAGAGACAGCAGGAAAAGAAGGAUGGAAAUCUCCCAAAUCUAAAUUGGAAUAAAACCAGAACGUCUAGAAAAAACAAGAAAAAAAGUGUUACUGCAUCUACAAGGGCUCCUGAACAGAAUGAAUCAAAGCACGUGUGCACUGAUUUUGAAAGGCCCGAGCUGAGAGGUGGCACUCCUUUGAGGAGCUGGUGCAUGCAGAGUGGUACCAUGGACAUUUGUAAAACAGAACCCAAAAUUACUUCUGCAGCCCCAGGAGAAACAGAAGGUCAUUACCAGCGGCCUAAAAAGAAAUGUGGAGACAAGUUUUGUUCAGAUUCCAGCUCAGACUGUGGCAGCUCGUCAGGGAGUGUGCGGGCUAGCCGGGGCAGCUGGGGUAGCUGGAGCAGCACCAGCAGCUCCGAUGGAGACAAAAAACCCGUGCUCCCUACCCGGCACUUCCUGCCCUCUCGUGAGAACAUUUCACAAACUGAUUUUCCAACUGAAACCCCUAUUACUUUGAAUCUGUCCCACAACAUCUGCAACCCCAGCAGAGACAUGAAUACCAUCCCUCAGUAUACAGAAACCCUUUGUCCCAGCUUCCCAGACGUGACUUCAGAUCCUGAUAAAAACAAAGGUCUUUAUCCCCCCAGUGAUUUGUGGCCAGGCCAGCCAGUAUGUCUAACAAACAGCUUAAACUACAACCUUGAGAACAGUAUGCCUUGCAUGAUCCAGGAAUCCCCUCCUGUUCAGAACAGUUUCAUUGACUGGAAUACAGCUUGUGAAGGCCAGUUUCCCAAUGUGUAUUGCCCGCUAGAAGUGAACGAUUACAACGGCUUUCCAGAAGAAAACAUGAAUUAUCACAAUGGCUUCCCCUGUCCUACAGAAGUUCCAAACACAGCUUUCAUCAGUCAUAGCUCCCAGUCAUCUUGGAGUACCCCACCCAGUGUGCCUCCUGCCUGGGAACCUGCCAGCUAUGUCAGCCCUUCUGUCAGUGAUCCUGAGUUUACACCCUACCUCUCAAGCACCAGAAGCUUAUCUCCAAUGUCUGGACUUUUUGGCUCCAUCUGGGCUCCCCAAAAUGACAUGUACGAAAGCUGCUGCUCCAUCAAUCCCACCACCCAGCAUUCCACUCACAUGGAAAAUCCAGCAGUGAUGUGCAAACAGGAAUAUUACCCAAGGUUUAACCCUUUCCGUGCCUAUAUGAAUCUGGACAUAUGGACUACCACAGCAAAUAGGAACACAAACUUCCCACUUUCUAGGGACUCAGGUUACUGUGGAAAUGUGUGAAUGGAAUUUGGUUUUAAACAAUGUGAAUAAAGAUGCUUGUGUUUUGAUUUCUAGAGUAAGCUGGUUGUUGAGAUAGAUGGCAGCGUUGGUGAAUAUUUUGGCACUUUUAUAUGGAAAAUAAAUUUUUUUAAUGAA